CGGGCCCCACCCGGCCCCUCCUCAGCCUCCCCUCUGCGCGGCCCGGGACCCCCGACCCCUCACCCAGGCUCCUCGGAGGACCUCUUGGAGGUCCCUCUCCCUGCCAGGGACCUCUGCCCCUCGUCCCCUCCGCUGACCCCGGCGCACCGGGACACCCCCCCACCUCCCUUCCCGCAGGUGGAGGACGCCCUCACCUACCUAGACCAGGUGAAAAUCCGCUUCGGCAGCGACCCUGCCACUUACAACGGCUUCCUGGAGAUCAUGAAGGAAUUCAAAAGCCAGAGCAUUGAUACUCCUGGAGUCAUCCGACGAGUCUCACAGCUGUUCCACGAACACCCUGACCUCAUUGUUGGAUUCAAUGCUUUCCUUCCCCUCGGGUACAGAAUCGACAUUCCCAAGAAUGGCAAGUUAAACAUACAGUCGCCUCUGUCUAGCCAGGAGAAUUCGCACAACCACAGUGACUGUGCUGAGAACUUUAAGCAACAGCUGCUGUACAAGGAGGACAAAGCCCAGGUGCCCUUGGAGUCAGAUUCUGUGGAGUUCAACAACGCUAUCAGCUACGUGAACAAAAUUAAGACCCGCUUUCUGGACCACCCUGAGAUCUACAGGUCAUUCCUGGAGAUACUGCACACUUACCAGAAGGAGCAGCUGAGCACGAAGGGCCGGCCCUUCCGGGGCAUGUCUGAAGAGGAGGUGUUCACCGAGGUGGCCAACCUCUUCCGGGGCCAGGAGGACCUGCUCUCCGAGUUCGGACAGUUCCUGCCUGAAGCCAAGCGGUCCCUGUUCACAGGAAACGGGCCCUGUGAAAUGAACAGUGUCCAGAAGAGUGAUCACGAAAAGAACCUGGAACACAGCAAAAAGCGCUCCCGGCCCUCACUCCUCCGGCCAGUAUCAGCACCGGCCAAGAAGAAAAUGAAACUACGUGGUACCAAAGACCUGUCAAUCGCUGCUGUGGGGAAGUAUGGGACUCUACAGGAGUUCUCCUUCUUUGACAAGGUGCGCAGGGUCCUAAAGAGCCAGGAGGUCUACGAGAACUUUCUCCGCUGCAUCGCACUCUUCAACCAGGAGCUCGUGUCAGGCUCAGAGCUCCUCCAACUCGUCAGCCCUUUUCUAGGGAAAUUUCCAGAACUCUUCGCACAAUUCAAGUCCUUUCUUGGGGUGAAAGAGUUGUCAUUCGCCCCACCCAUGAGUGACAGAUCUGGGGACGGAAUAAGCCGGGAAAUUGACUACGCGUCUUGCAAGCGCAUUGGAUCCAGCUACCGAGCACUCCCUAAAACCUAUCAGCAGCCCAAGUGCAGCGGGAGGACGGCCAUCUGCAAGGAGGUGCUGAAUGACACCUGGGUCUCCUUCCCCUCCUGGUCAGAGGAUUCCACCUUCGUCAGCUCCAAGAAGACGCCCUACGAGGAGCAGCUGCACCGCUGUGAGGAUGAGCGUUUUGAGUUAGACGUAGUCUUGGAGACCAACCUGGCCACGAUCCGGGUGUUGGAAAGCGUACAGAAGAAGCUUUCCCGGAUGGCACCAGAGGACCAGGAGAAGUUCCGAUUGGAUGACUGUCUGGGGGGCACGUCGGAGGUGAUCCAGCGCCGUGCCAUCCAUCGCAUCUAUGGUGACAAGGCUCCGGAGAUCAUCGAGAGCCUCAAGAAAAACCCCGUCACCGCUGUCCCUGUUGUCCUCAAAAGGCUGAAGGCCAAGGAAGAGGAGUGGCGGGAGGCCCAGCAGGGUUUCAACAAGAUCUGGCGGGAGCAGUAUGAGAAGGCUUACCUCAAGUCCCUGGACCACCAGGCCGUGAACUUCAAGCAGAACGACACCAAGGCCCUUCGCUCCAAGAGCUUGCUCAAUGAGAUCGAGAGUGUCUACGACGAGCACCAGGAGCAGCACUCGGAAGGCCGCAGCGCCCCUUCCAGCGAGCCGCACCUUAUCUUCGUGUACGAGGACAGGCAGAUCCUGGAGGAUGCAGCUGCGCUCAUAAGCUACUACGUGAAGCGGCAGCCAGCCAUCCAGAAGGAGGACCAGGGUACCAUCCACCAGCUGGUGCACCAGUUCGUGCCCAGCCUCUUCUUCUCCCAGCAACUGGACUUGGGGGCAUCGGAGGACUCUGCUGACGAAGGCCGGGGGAGCCCCCAAGGGCAGAGCGUGGAUCCCAGUGACCCAAAGAAGCUGGCGCCUGGGCCACAGAGCAGCCCCCCAGAGGAGAAGGGGGCUGCAGGCGAGGGUCCUGCCGCCGAGCAGCAGCUGCCGCCGCCACCACCACCACCGCACAAGCCCCUGGAUGACGUCUACAGCCUCUUCUUCGCCAACAACAACUGGUACUUCUUCCUGCGCCUCCACCAGACCUUGUGCUCCCGGCUCCUGAAGAUCUACCGCCAGGCACAGAAGCAGCUCCUGGAGUAUCGGACUGAGAAAGAGAGGGAGAAGCUGCUCUGCGAGGGCCGUCGGGAAAAGGGCAACGACCCCGCCAUGGAGCUGCGGCUGAAGCAGCCUAGUGAGGUGGAGUUGGAGGAGUACUACCCAGCCUUCCUGGACAUGGUGCGCAGCCUGCUGGAUGGCAGCAUCGACCCAGCGCAGUACGAGGACACCUUGCGUGAAAUGUUCACCAUUCACGCCUACGUCGGCUUCACCAUGGACAAGCUGGUGCAGAGCAUCGCACGCCAGCUGCACCACCUCGUGAGCGACGACAUCUGUCUGAAGGUGGUGGAGCUCUACCUGAACGAGAAGAAGCGGGGCGCUGCUGGCGGGAACCUGUCCUCCCGCUGUGUCCGCGCCGCCAGGGAGACCAGCUACCAGUGGAAGGCCGAGCGGUGCAUGGCCGACGAGAACUGCUUUAAGGUGAUGUUCCUCCAGCGUAAAGGGCAGGUGAUCAUGACAAUUGAGCUCUUGGACACUGAGGAGGCCCAGACAGAGGACCCUGUGGAGGUUCAGCACCUGGCUCGGUACGUGGAACAGUACGUGGGAACUGAGGGUGCAUCCAACUCACCCACAGAGGGCUUCCUCCUGAAGCCUGUGUUCCUACAGAGGAACCUCAAGAAGUUUCGUAGGUGGCAGUGCGAGCAAGUGCGGGCUCUGCGCGGUGAGGCCAAGGGCUCCUGGAAGAGGCUGGUGGGUGUGGAGAGCGCCUGCAACGUGGACUGCCGCUUCAAGCUCAGCUCCCAUAAGAUGAUGUUCAUCGUGAACUCCGAGGACUACAUGUACCGCCGGGGGACCCUCUGCCGGGCCAAGCAGGUGCAGCCCCUGGUCCUGCUUCGGCACCACCAGCACUUUGAGGAGUGGCACGGCCGCUGGCUGGAGGACAACGUGACAGUGGAGGCAGCCAGCCUGGUGCAGGACUGGCUGAUGGGAGAGGAGGACGAGGACAUGGUGCCCUGCAAGACACUCUGCGAGACGGCUCAUGUGCAUGGCCUGCCCGUGACCCGCUACCGUGUGCAGUACAGCCGCCGCCCCGCCUCGCCCUGAUGCGCCCUCGCGGCCUCCACGACAUGCAGCUGGGUGCAGUCGCUUCCUCAGCCUGGGUGUCCCUCAGGGGCGUUUUCGUGAACCACCUAAGGGAGGCGGAGCAUCCCCCAGCCUUGCUCCUACAGGCAGCCAGCUCCAGAGAAGGGAGUCGUGUUGGUUGCAGCCCCAUGCUGCCAUUCCCCUCAGCUCCCCAGCUUCCUUUGCGCCCAUCUUGUGCCAUACCUGAACCCCCUGCACUUGAACUCUGGGGCCUCAGCCCCUACCAGAAAGGGAAGGAUUCACACGCUUGCCAAGGAGCAAGCAGUUGCGUUCACCCACCUGCUGGGCACUGACGUCAUCGGUGCCAAAUCCCUGGGUGGGGCCAUGAUGGUCAUUUGGUGCACAGGUGGCUGGAAAAGUUGGCAACAAGCCUUGGGAGGGGUCAGUGUUCAAGGGCCUCCAGCAUGGAAGGUGUCAGGAUGGUGGACCUGCUUGAAAAGCAUGUCCUUCCCAGGCGGUUCUGGGAGCUUCCAGAAACAUUUCCCAAGCUGGGCAACGCCCAUGUCUGCCAGUGGACGGCCUAGGCCUGCAGGCUUGUAGCUCUGACAGUGGGAAGAGCCUUUCAGCCAGACUGUUAGGGUCCCACUGUCAAGAUGUGGGCUUGGCAGGUUGUACUAGAAUGGCCCAGCAGACCCUGCUCUCGAAAAGAGACGCCAAAUCCUAGUUGAUCUGGUAGCCAGACUGGUCUGUGAGGGGACGGGUUGGCCUGACACUCCCACCAUGCUUGAGUGGCCCAUGCGGGGAGGGCCCUGGGCUGGGGUCGUGUACCUAAGAUGGGCAUUCUAGAAAUACGUAAAUGCACACACGUAUUUAUUCCUUUACGUUCUCUAAGCGGUUAUAAGUUCUGCAACAGCCAGGUACUCGGCUUCUUGGGGGGUGAGAGCCCUCCCCACACCCGCCCUGACACUGCUGUUUCUGCAGCUGUCACCUGGAAAGGGUGUGAGCAUGUGGGGCCGAGGCAUCAAAAGGCUUUCUGUGCCAAGAACGCCAAGCACAUCGGGCUGGAGACCAGCUCUUUAAACUUACUGCACCAUGAGAAACCCUGUCGAGCCUCUGGCGCCAUCAGACUGGGAUCCAUGGACAGUGGGCCUAGAACCGUCCUGUGCAGCCUCCUCUCUGCUAACUGCAGCCCUCGCCCUCCUGCAGCUGAGCUGUGCCAAACCCACGGUCCCCGGAAGUAGAGACUUCUUUCUAGAACACUCUAGAAGUUACCUGUGGACUCAAGGUUUGUGAAGCCUUUGACUUUAGGCCUGGGCCAAAGCUGACAUGUCCUUCCCGGGGUCCCCCCACCCAUGUUCUCUCUGAGUGUAAUCCAGGCACUUUGUCCUCAUCCUUGUUUUGUCCUCAUCCUUGUUUUGUAAGAAAGGAACUCAUCCUCAGAAUUCCUGAACCAGCCCCACCCAGCGGCCCCCUGGGGAGCCUACCACCCCUCUGUGCCUCUGAAGGGGCCUGGGCUGUGGGCCAGACCCCUGGGCCCCCACCCUGCAUGCUUCUAGGGAGCUCUCUUCUGUUUUUGAAGAAUUUCUGUUCUGGGGCUUGGACUUCCUUUGCAGCUGUUUUGAAUGUAGUUUCCUUUUCUAUUUAUUUGCACAUUAAAGUUAAAAAUAUUGACCUAAA